AUGAAUGUUGUCACAGGACGGCGUUCCGAUUCCGAUGAUCCGAUCGGUAUGACUAAGGCCAUCAACACCGCCACCAGCAGUCCCACCACCUCUGAAAACUCCGUCAAGAACGAUAAGAAAAAGAAGUCUAUCAUUCCAAAGAUUUUUUGUUCCAAGAGAAGAGAAAGUUUAGAAGAGGAUUUGUGUCAAUCUGAUGAAGUUAAACAAGAUUUGGAUAGGAAUAUUAUAACAAGGAGGAAAGAUUUGUUCGAAUCAUCUUCCAUCAUUCGGAAAAGUUUCCCAGGACGGCGUUCCGAUUCCGAUGAUCCGAUCGGUAUGACUAAGGCCAUCAACACCGCCACCAGCAGUCCCACCACCUCUGAAAACUCCGUCAAGAACGAUAAGAAAAAGAAGUCUAUCAUUCCAAAGAUUUUUUGUUCCAAGAGAAGAGAAAGUUUAGAAGAGGAUUUGUGUCAAUCUGAUGAAGUUAAACAAGAAAGGCACAGCAGCUCGGCGAUUGAAGGGUUAAAUCUAUUUAGCUUUGAUCAGUCUAUGGCUCCGGCUACUGUAAUUCGAGACAUCCGUAUCUUUGUUGCAACAUGGAAUGUGGGAGGGAAGGCUCCAAACCCUGGACUCAACCUGGAGGAUUUCUUGCAGGUGGAGGGCUCUUCAGACUUAUAUGUCUUAGGGUUUCAAGAAAUUGUUCCGUUGAGCGCCGGAAACAUUCUGGUGAUUGAAGACAAUGAACCAGCAGCAAGAUGGCUAGCCCUCAUAAGCCAGGCACUCAACAAACCACACCAUGAUUCUUCCAUCCAUUCUUAUGAUUCAGGCUCAGUUUCAAAACACUCAAACAAUUCAACUGAAUCGAAAUCCAACUUCUUCCACAAGCCCUCUCUCAAAGUCCUCAGCAAAAAUCUGAGGGGAGAAACUUCCCUUCUCAAGGCCUGCAACUGCCCUCUCGACUCCCCGGACUCGAUCAGGCACCGGAGACCAAGAAAACUGAUGAGUGAAUCCUUCAGCUCUCCGAUGGAGCGUCAUGGUUCUAAUAUAGAUGAUCACUUUCUUUCAAUUGCAGAGAUUGAUGAUCCACCACCUAACCAGUUGAGUUAUAGACUCAUAGAAAGUAAACAAAUGGUGGGGAUUUUCCUUUCUGUUUGGGCUAGAAAAGAACUUGUUCAACAUAUUGGACAUCUCAGAAUUUCAUCUCUUGGAAGAGGAAUCAUGGGCUGUCUUGGCAACAAGGGUUGUAUAGCUAUAAGCUUGUCAUUGCACCAAACAAGCUUUUGCUUCGUUUGCAGUCACCUAGCUUCUGGGGAGAAGGAAGGAGAUGAGCUGAAAAGGAAUGCUGAUGUUGCUGAGAUCCUCAAGAGCACACAGUUUCCCAGGGUCUGCAAGAACCCUAAUCGACAAAUGCCAGAAAGAAUCAUUGAUCAUGAGUGUGACAGGAUAUUAUGGCGUGGCAGUGGCAUUGAACAACUAUCUUAUAUACGAGGAGAAUCAAGAUUUUCAGAUCACAGACCAGUGUGUGGUGUGUUUGCAGUGGAGGUGGAGACGAAGAACAAAGCCACCAAGUUUAGGAAGGGUUUCUCUUGCCCCGCCACAGCAAUGGACUACGAAAAUUUCAUACCACAAAGACAUAGCUUUUAUGAGUUUUGA